GGGCCAAAAGUAACUGUGACGGCGCGAGUGGCGCCAUCUAUAUGUCAAACUAUAAGUUUCAAGAUUUGAAUUGUUGUAUCAUGCCUGAUUUUGCCCUUACCCUGUAAAUGUAGUUGGAUUGGUUAUUUAUAUCUGUCAAUCAAUGUUGUUUGUACCUGUUACAUUGCUCACUCAGCAAAACUGUUUGGCUCCACCUCUUCCUGGAGUAGGACUGUGUUUCCUCCUUUUCAUUCCACUCUAUCGGAUGGACGUGAAAGAGAGGCUUGGCUCUGAAAGCCCUUCAAAAGUUACCUCUCAGCACCAAUUCUGAGGUUCUUACCCUUGGGACUCACACUUCAUGUUCAGGGCCAACCUGAACAACGUUGAGGAGUCUCAAGCGCCUUCACAUCAGUCCUUUGGCAACAGAGGAAGACUCUUGUCUUCAGAUAUAGGUCAUUGGACUGAGGCUGAGUUUGCUCCGGCAUUCACAGCCAGAGAAAGAGGGAUCUGGACAAGCUUCAUGGACUUAAACAACCAAAGACUGUAAUGUAUAUUUUCUUUUACUCCCUUUGUGAAGAAUAAACCCAGUUUUUGAGUUAACUACAGUGUUUUGGUCCUUGGGAGUUCCAGUUUCCCUAAAGGAGGGCAAGAAGCAAUCCCCUGGGGAAAGAUGUCACGUCCAUGCCUCUUUCACUAAGAGUUUACAGCCCCAGGCGCGACGGCACAGUGCUGAGAGGACCCUUCUUUUCCAGCAGUGCUGAGAGAAGCCUUCUUUUCCAGAAGUACUGAGAGAGGAGCCUUCUUUUCCAGAACUGCUGAAAGAAGCCUUCCAGAAGUGCUAAGAAGGGAAAAGAAGGAGUGAAAGGGCCUUAAAUUUGCCAAGCCCAUAGUCUCCUAAAGAUAAAGAAGUCAAAAGAAGCCUGCCUUUGCCUCCAGAGGGAAGCCCAGCCUUCACAAAAUUGAGACAUUUGCAAGCUUUCCCGCUCUUUUUGCAUCUCAAGCCACCAGCAAAUUGCUACAUUCAGCUCUUGUAGCUGCAGCAAGUUCAAGCCUUCUGCAAAGUGGAUACAUUUGCUAGAAGCCUAGCCUUUGCAAAAUUGAUACAUUUGCUAAGUUUCCCGCCUUUUCUGUUUUUCAAGCCAGCAAAUCGCUACAUUCAGCUCUUGCAACUGCUGCAAAAUCCAGGUUUCUGCAAAGUAGAUACAUUUCUCCAGAAGCCAGCCUUUACAGCAACCAAGCCUCUUCCAGAAACCAGUUUGCAAAGCAAUAAAUUCCAACCUGCAGUUCCUGCCAUUUUCUUCAAAGCCUGCUGCAAGUUUAUGAAAGCCCAGGCUUAACUUCUCAGUUAAGCAGCUGUUUUAAUUGUCUUGUUUAAAGUAUUGCAUUGCCCUUUUGUGUGCCUUUAAUUGUAUAGUUAUAUAGUAUUGCAUUUUGUACUGUUUGAAACUUGGGAUAAGUUUCCUUUUGAAUUACAGAAUGUCAAGUCAUAGCAAUGAGAUUUUGCAGACAAGGGUCAAAUCCCCCCUUGUAGAAGGUGCAGAAGAAAGGGUUCAAGGCUCCCCAUGUGUAAGCCUUAGAUCCAGUCUGCUCAAGAUUCCAUCUAAUGCUAGCCUUAAAUCCAAGCAUUCAUCUAGGCAUAGCAGUUCCUCCCAAUCCACACACUCAUUCAUCAGUACUUCUUCCAAAGCAGCCCACUACAACAGAGAGGCUGUCCGUUUGAAAAUUAGAAAAGAGGUUUUAGAAGCAGAGGCGUCUGCAGAAAUGGCUAGGCAAGACUUUGCCUUCAAUGAAGAGGAACUCCUCCUUCAACAGGCUAAAGCCAAGCAGAAACUGCUUCUAGCUCAGGCUAGGGCCCAACAAGAAGCUGACCUAGCACAGGCCAGGGCCCAGAGAGAAAUAGAGCUUGCAAUGGCUGAAGCCAAGCAAGAUGAGCUGCAAUGGGAUCUAGAUCUGCUUCAAGUAAAAAGAGACACAGCACAAAAGAUAGUCAGAGCUAACGUUCUAGCCAAAGCCCUAUCACAGGAACUAACCCAAGAAAACCUUAGUUUCCUGCCAACACAAGAGCCUACAGCAAAGGUUUCAGCACACCUGCAACUGGCACCACCUGUAGUGCAGAGUCAUAUCUCCUUUUGCCACCUUGAAGAUCGCUCACCUGUUCCAGUGUUCGCGACUUCAAGGCCAGCCCAUUCCUCAGAAGUACAGCAAAGCACGGCCGGGAGAGUGCCAUCUCUGUCAGAGUCCAUCCCUGUACUUAGGCCUCAGAGAUACCACUUGUCUACUUGGGAACAAAAGGAUGACGUCUUUCAACAACAUCCAGAUGUCCAUUCACAUUGGCAAGGCAUGGCCGGGAGUGAACCACCACAUUCAUCCCUGCAUACCAAGUCAAUUCUCCCAUCGCUGAAGAUGAAGGCUUCAGAGGUGCUGCCUGCCAGCAAUCUGCUGAACCCAGCAUCGCCUACCAUCGCGAAAAGAUGUGUUCAACCGAAGAACAUUGAGUUUGUCACGCCACAUCACACUCCUCAGAUGUACCCUUACACACUGGAGUCUCAAUUGGGUUCCCUCUUGAGAAAUCCAAGAAGAGACAUCAGAGACAAAGGCGUCCAGAAAUUCACUGACUGA